UGACAAUAGUAUAAUUGAUAUUGACAAAAAUGAAUAUAAUCCAACAAUAACAAUAGAAGAAAAAAAUGAUUUAAUGGAUAUUGACAAGAAUUUAGACGUAGAAAACAAAAAAUCCAAAAGACCUAAAAUCACUAAGACUAACACCAACAUUCGUCGUAGCAAAAGGAUCAAUAAAAAAAAAUAA